AAAAAACAAAAAAAAAAAAAAAUACCAUUUUCCCUUACUCUCUCUUUCUCUAUUAUUAUAGAUUUUUUUUUUUUAAAAUAAAAUGGCUUCUUCUUUACAACAAAUACAAACACCAUCUGAUUUUCAAAAGCUUUUGGCUACAAAAGAUAAAUUAGUUGUAGUUGAUUUCUUUGCUACAUGGUGUGGCCCUUGUAAAAUGAUUGCACCCUUUUUUGUUCAACUCGCUUCAAAAUAUCGUAAUGUUGUAUUUGCUAAAGUUGAUGUUGAUCAAGUUAAGCAAGUGGCUGCUGCUUGUAAAAUUACGUCAAUGCCCACUUUCCAUUUUUAUAAGAAUGGUAAAAAAUUGGAUGAAAUGAAAGGCGCUAAUCCUCAACAGCUUGAACAAUACAUCAAGCAGUAUUCAUCUGAAGAGUCUUCUUCUUCAACAGCACCUAAGAAGGAUGUUGGUGUACCUGGUUAUGUUGAUUUAACUGAGUACAUUACACCUAAUCAAAUGGAUGCUUUAAAUCAAAAAGAAGAAUAUAAUGUUAAAAAUAUUUUCAAGGAUGAUGAUUCUUAUUUGGAAAGUGAUGUUGAUGAACAACUUAUUAUCAGUGUUCCAUUCAACCAACCUGUUAAACUUCAUUCAUUAAAAUUCAAAGUUCCCAAUAUUGCUAAUGCACCUAAAACGGUCAAGAUCUAUACAAAUAGAACAGUUUUGGGAUUUGAUGAUACUGACUCUGUGAAGGAAACACAAGUACUUGAAUUAAAACCAGAAAAUUUUGAAGAAAAUGCUGUCGUUAAUUUGAGAUUUGUCAAAUAUCAAAACAUUACUCACAUUAUGCUGUUUAUCGAAGAUAAUCAGGAAGAUGAAGAGACUACACAACUUCAACAACUUAUUUUCAUUGGCUGUCCUGUUGAAGCAACUAAUAUGAACGAAUUCAAUAAGGAUCAACAACAACAACGAUAAAAUCAGUAGUGUGAUUUUGUUUUGUUUUUUCCA